AAGCAGCAUAGAGUAGAUGGGACCAAUUUUGGGCCGACAUGAGCUUCUUGUUCAUCUGCGUACUUUCUUAGCAUACAAACUUGAUGGAGAAUGUUGGUAAACAAAAGGCACCAACUUCUUGUGUGUCAUUUCAAAUCUUUUUUUUUCCAAAUUGAAUUGUCACUAAAGUGUUUGAAAUCAACUGCACUAUAGUGCACUUUUCCUCCAUUUUUUAUUUUUAAAUCAGCGUGUGACAUCUUGCAUUCUCUGUCACCCUGGCAACCAGCCUUUACCAUCUUUAUCUACAUCCUCCUGGCAGCAUCAGCAUCAGCAUCUUCAUCCUUAUCCUUCUUCAGUUUUCCACGUGCAGUCUUGUGAAUUAGACUUCAAAUUUGGCGCUUCCUGAUGCCGAUUUAGUUUUUGCGGGAAGGUGGAUGUGUUGUCAUCUUCGUCGCUGUCAAGAUGCCCGUGAGACGAGGUCACGUCGCCCUCCAGAACACUUAUCUCGACACCAUCAUCAGGAAAUUCGACGAGCAAAACCGCAAGUUCGUGAUUGCCAACGCGCAGAUGAAAAACUGCGGCAUCAUCUACUGCAAUGAGGCCUUCUGCCAGAUGUUCGGCUUCACGCGAGCCGAGAUCAUGCAGCAGUCCUGCACCUGCCAGUUUCUGGUGGGACCCGGCACCAUGAAGAGCGCACUGGCACAGCUAGCUCAGGCCCUGCUGGGCUCCGAAGAGCGCAAGGUGGAGAUCCUCUACUACGCCAAGGAAGGAACGUGCAGGCCGUGCAUGGUGGACAUCGUUCCGGUGAAGAAUGAGGAAGGUGUUGUUAUCAUGUUCAUCCUGGACUUCCAGGAGCUUGUGGACCCCACAAUCAAGAAGUCUGGACUGAGGCAGCGAGUCAGCCAGGGCUGGCUCUACUGUCAGAAUCGCAGGUUAAAGAUGCGACUCCCAGUGUUACGCCCAAUGCGGCGGCAGUCGCUUCCCAAAGAUCAAUUUGAAGGUGUGGUAGUGGACUACCUGCAGCCCGACAAUGAGGACGUCCCCCUAAAGGAUUUCCGCAUCCCGUCCAAGGAGAGCUGCAUGCAGUCCGAGACAGAGGCCCUCAUAGAACAAGACCUGGAUCAGCCCACCCAUGUCACCCAGCCCUCAGCCAAGCACCGCUCUCUGCUGACAGACCGCCUGGAAACGGGCCUGCCAUUACCCCGGGGGUCCUUAUCCCGGAGCAGCUCACGACACAGUGUCCGCAGCCUGCGACGCGCCUCCUCACUGGACGACAUCGACGGGAAGAAAUCCGAAUUGAAUGCUGGGCCCGGUGAAACCCGGAAUAACAGUAAUCUGAAGCCGAGCGGCACAAAUUCUACUUCAGACUCAGACCUGAUGAGGCACCGAGCCAUCGGGCGCAUUCCCCAGGUGACGCUUACCUUCGGCUCGGACCGCGUCAGACCGCCAUCGCCCGGCGAGAUUGAAAUCAUCGCACCUAGCAAAGUCAAAGACAGAACACAGAAUGUCACUGAGAAAGUGACUCAAGUAACACAGGUGCUGUCGCUGGGUGCCGACGUGCUUCCCGAAUACAAGCUGCAGGCGCCGCGGAUCCACCGCUGGACCAUCUUGCACUACAGCCCCUUCAAGGCCAUGUGGGACUGGUUGAUCUUGCUGCUAGUCAUCUACACUGCCAUUUUCACGCCCUACUCGGCCGCCUUCCUUCUCAACGAGGUAGAAGAGGACCGUCGACGAACGUGCGGCUACACGUGCAACCCGCUCAACGUGGUGGACCUGGUGGUGGACGUCAUGUUCAUUGUGGACAUCCUCAUCAACUUCCGAACCACUUACGUCAACCGCAACGACGAGGUGGUCAGCCACCCGGGCCGCAUCGCCCAGCAUUACUUCAAGGGCUGGUUCCUCAUCGACAUCGUUGCCGCCAUCCCAUUCGACCUGCUCAUCUUCCGCUCUGGCUCAGAAGAGCCUCAGACCACCACGCUGAUCGGCCUGCUUAAGACGGCACGUCUGCUGCGUUUGGUGCGCGUGGCACGCAAGCUGGACCGCUACUCGGAGUACGGCGCCGCGGUGCUCUUCUUGCUCAUGUGCACCUUCGCGCUGAUCGCCCACUGGCUCGCAUGCAUCUGGUACGCCAUUGGCAACGUGGAGCGCACUGGUACAGCGCGCGUGGGCGUCCUGAAGAUCGGCUGGCUGGACAACCUGGCCGAGCAGAUCGGCAAGCAAUACAACGACAGCGACGCGGCCUCGGGGCCGUCCAUCAAGGACAAGUACGUCACUGCGCUCUACUUCACCUUUAGCAGCCUCACCAGCGUCGGCUUCGGGAACGUCUCGCCCAACACCAACCCUGAGAAGAUCUUCUCCAUCUGCGUCAUGCUCAUUGGAUCUCUGAUGUACGCCAGCAUCUUCGGCAACGUGUCAGCCAUCAUCCAGAGGCUCUACUCGGGCACGGCACGCUACCACACGCAGAUGCUGCGCGUCAAAGAGUUCAUCCGCUUCCAUCAAAUCCCUGGUGGCUUGCGGCAGCGCCUGGAGGAGUAUUUCCAGCACGCCUGGUCCUACACCAAUGGCAUCGACAUGAACGCCGUGCUGAAGGGCUUCCCCGAGUGCCUGCAAGCCGACAUCUGCCUGCACCUGAACCGCACUCUAAUGCAGCAGUGCAAAGCCUUCCGAGGCGCCAACAAAGGCUGUCUACGCGCUUUGGCUAUCCGCUUCAAGACCACCCAUGCACCGCCGGGUGACACCCUAGUUCACAGCGGCGACAUUCUCACCGCCCUCUAUUUCAUCUCCGGCGGUUCUAUUGAGAUCCUCCGAGACGACAUGGUAGUGGCCAUACUAGGAAAGAACGACAUCUUCGGCGAGUCGGUCAGCAUGUACGGCAGACCUGGCAAGUCUAGUGCCGACGUCCGGGCGCUGACGUACUGUGACCUUCACAAGAUCCAUAGGGACGACCUGAUGGAGGUUCUGGAUAUGUACCCCGACUUUGCCGACACCUUCUGGCACAACCUGGAGGUCACCUUUAACCUGAGAGAUGCAGAUCGAUUAAACCAGACAACCCCGAGCAAGGACUCUGAAUGUGGCUACCGUCGCACGCGGCGCCGCAGAGGCUCCCCACGACGCCGCAACCGACCCGAUGGCACGGACCGGGAGGACACGUACCCCGAACAAUCUUGCCCAUUAGCCAAUCGUCACCGGGUAGCCACGUCGCGCUGGGACGAGCAGUGCAGCAGCGAGACUUUUUCAUCCGAGUCUAGCGACGAAGAGGUGAAGCGUGGGAGGCGGAGCGGCAAGGGGGAGCUAUACGCCCCACCGGCGGGAGAUGCCAGAGAUUACCCUCCUGGUGUCAUGAACCUCCUGCCACACGCCAGACCUCCCCCUGGGAUGGGCAAGCCCAUGGACCUCGCUGGUCCACCAUACUCAGCAGCGGUUCCGGUCAGCGUUUCAGGACUUUACGGUUUCUGGCCGGAUCGCCGACCCAGCCAGUAUUCUGAGGCUCAGAGACGCUCGUCGUCAGCAGCCAGGGCCGCAGGCUUCCAGCCUGCACCCUGUUCUGACGAGCGGCCUGGCGAGCUUGGGUCCAGACUGGAAGUUCUGCAGUCACAGUUGAAUCGACUGGAGAGCCGAAUGACGGCUGACAUCACCGUCAUCCUACAGCUCCUUCAGCGUCAGAUGGCACCGGUGCCGCCCGCCUACAGCGCCGUGUCACCCAGCCCGCUCCCUGCUUCCUUAUAUGGUACAACGGCGCCACCCCCCUUGCGUGCUGUCCCUCCCAUGAUGGACAGCGCCGCCUCACUGCUGCAGAGUCCGGAGUCUGAGUCCAAGUCCAAGGACUCGCUGUCCAGCGGGAUCCACGUGACGGCCGCAUCUGACGACACAGUGUCACUGACCCCGCCCCGGCCUGAGGCCCCUGGGUCAUUGGACACCACCCGCCGCUAUCCGUCCCUUCCUGAGAAUCUGGAGGUCUCCUCGGAAGAGCGGGAGAUUCUGAGGCACGUAUCGGAUCCGAUCCUGCCGGGUAGCCCUGCACCCUAGAAGGUGAACUGGCUGCCACUUGCGGGGUGCGGACUCUCAUGUUCAUCGGUAUCGGGGACACACUGAAAAGAGAACGUUACGCCCCAAAAGUUACAAGAAUGAAUGUAAAACUGUGACUGCAUAAAAAGUGGAUCGUAGGUGGGAAAAAAAUAAAUAUUUCGAGUAAUCCCCCCCAAAAAAUGGCGAUUUUACAGCCAGAUUAUUUAAAAUUGUGCAUGGUGUUGCCGUUGCAAGAUAGGAAUGCAUGUUUUCAAGCAAAAGAAGUUGUGCAGCGAGAAUAUUGCAAAACAACGUCAGAAUUUGGUGAGGAAAAUUUACCCCCCAAAAGUUUAAUUUACAAGAUUCAUAGGCAAUAAUGUGGAUUCUGUCACAUAAUUCUAUUGUUUUACACCCCAAAUGUUAAAAAAGUGGAUGAGAAAAAAUAGGAACCUUAUGAGAAACUCAUGAGAUUCAAUAUUUUUUUUAUCUUUAACUUACUCAUUGCCAUUGAUAGUGAUAACCGUCAAAUCCUUUUCAAAUGAGAUGGCUAGCAUUGAGUGAUCAUGUUUCACCGUCAUUGAUCGAUCGAUUGAUGGCUGCCAACCCGCCAAGUCAAAAUGGAUUGCACGUCUAUCGCCGUCGAUAACGGCCAAUGAGUUACAGAUAAACUCAUUACAGGAUGUAAUUGAAAAUGUGAACAUUUUGGUUUCAUAAGGAAAGUUUUGCUGUGAGAGCAACAGAAAGCAAUAUUAGGUGGAAAAGUUCAGAUUCAUAAUUGUUCAAGUGUUGAGCAAAAAAGGGAGUUCUACAUGGAAUAAAUCAGAUUAUGAGAGUUAAGUUUAACAUUUUCUGGAUAAAUUUCCAUUUAAUAAGAUAAAAAUCUAUUUACAUAAUUACAUGUUUUUUUUUUUUUUAAUUAGUGCUUUAAAAUGAAUUUCAGCCUCAGUUUGGGUAUUUUGGCCGUUCGCAGGAAUUUUCUCGACUUUAUUCUCUUGAAUUUGUCCAUGUACGGUUCGAUUUUUUUUUCUCUUCAGUGUGUCCCUCGCACGCACAUGUUGCUCCUUUCCAAAACUUGAAAUUUUGAAACAUCUUCACCACGUUGCUUUCCACCUCACUGGAUUUGGGCUGUAAGCCUCUUUUCAAUACUCCACAGCGUCCUCUAGAGCUGCUGUGCCGCAUUUCACCCUCACCCGCUCUAUCCAAUCACCAUGUACACUGUCUUUUUGGGAAAGAAAAAAAGAAGAAAAAAACAUUGAAGAGAGGAGAUUAGAUGUACUGUAUGCUGGAACGCCAUGAUGGGAAGGACAUGGAACACACUUUUGCUUUAGCAUGAAUAUGGUUUGCACAUUUUUUUUUUACAGAGGUAUGCUUGAAGUAUACGUAAAAACAUGUAUGGUGAACACGUGAGCAUUGGUGGUUCAGUGGUAGAAUUCUCGCCUGCCACGCGGGAGGCCCGGGUUCGAUUCCCGGCCAAUGCAUCGUAAGUUUUUUUUUCUUUAAAGCUAGUUGUAGUCUGUACAAUGACAAUAUGCUAGAUACAAUUACACAACAAAACUACAAAUUUAUAUUUUAAUGGUACUUGCUCAUUCUACCAUUAGUAGAAUAGCAGUGACUUCAUCAAUAUUUGGACUACUUUCAUUAUCAACUUCAGAAAAUACCAGAUUUUUUUUUUUUUUUUUAUAAAUGAAUAACAUUUUUAUAUAUUUUGGAACGAAAAUUGUACUUUUUUUCUAAAAUCAAAACCUUUCCUCACCUCACUAUUUACAGCUAUUCUUAGUUUUCAUGAAAAUUUGUAUUUCCAACUUUUUCAAACAUUUUCUUGAAAAGUUUUCGCCAAAUAUUUGCUUCCUGUCAAAAAAAAAAAAAAAAAAAAAAAUUUUUUUUUUUUUUUUAAAGGGGAAAAAAAGAUUUUGUCACUAAAUAUGACUUUUUUCUCCCAAUAUACAUUAUUGUCUAGAAAAUGUUUUCGUAUUAAAAUCAGAUCUUGAGAUAUACAUAACUUUACACACGUAAUUUGAACAGUUUUUCCUCAUAAAGACUCCCAACUUUUUUCCCUAAAAUAUAUACUCAUACAGAAGUUUCUAUUUCGGAAACUUUUUAUAGUGAUUUUUUAUUUGAUUUUUUUUUUUUUUUCUUGGAAAAGAUAAUGAGAUUUUCCCUGAAAAAAUACAUUUCCAAUAUUUCUUGGAUCAAGAAUGUUUUUCAAAAAAGGUAUACAUGUACUAUAUAUAUUUUUUAACUUGAAAUAUACUUUUUCUUAGGAAAAGAUUUUUCAAAUAGAACUUCAAUAUUAAAAUUACAACAUAAAAGUUUAAAUACCGUAUACCUACAACUUUUUUUUCCUGACAGUAAUUUUUCUCACAAAAUACUUGAGAAAUAUUCAAAAAUGUUUUUAACUUUUUCAACCAAUUUCAUUUCCUAAAAGUCACAAAGCUUUCAUACAACUUAUUAACUCUUAUACAACCAAACUGUAUCACCCUUCCACUUUUAGUGUAGUCCUGAUACUCCUUUUAGACUAAUCUUUGUAGACGACUGCUGUGUAAAAAGAGUGAAUAGAUUUUGCUGUUGGAAGAAAACCAAGCAGUGUUGUCAUGAAUUUCAUCUCAUAUUAUACUUUUGGCAAUAAAACCCCCAUUUUAUUAAUUUGGACAAAAGAAAUCAAUUUCCUGGGAUAUUUGUUCUGAAACCUAGAGCCCAUAGAAUGCUCAAGCUAUUCAUCAAUGAGAGUGAAGAGAAUGGAGACUGUUCAUCAAAAGUGAAUAUAUGAUUAUUUUUUUAAUAAAUAUAUGUAUA